AUGGUUGAAACAAUCGUUGAUCCGCGGAAAUCAACGCUCCCCGAAGAGGUAUCGCAGUACUUGGUAAACUUUUAUAACAAGUUCGUGGACGGUGACAGCGUGGCAGUACACGGCCUCUACGAGAGUGGCUUCACGCGUAUCGCUGAGCGCUUCUACAAAAGUUGCCUGCUGCCGCAAUCAUCUGUUGUGCGUGAGCUACUGCGAGAUUUGGAGGCCAAGGUGCAGCGCGGUACCGAAGCUGACGACGACGACGAAUCGGCGAACGCUGCUGCUGGGCAUGCCCCUAGUUACAUCGAGCUAUUCAUGCUGCUUUACCAAGAACUGGGAUAUAGACAUAUGCACAUGAGGCUGCACCCGACCCUGAAACAGAGGUCCCAGUCGUGGUCAAACUAUCUUGCUCUGUUUGCGCAUUUUGCCCAGGGGCACCUGCAGGAGUGUGCGCUGCCAGCCUCCUGGCUCUGGGAUCUGAUCGACGAGUUUCUCUACCAGUUUGAGGACUACCAUCAGUAUCGCGCCCGAAGCCAAGAUGGGCACACGCUUGAAGAGCUCGAAACGGAGAACAUGAAUUCGAUGUGGAAUGUCCGAACAACUCUAGAGAUACUGAGUACACUAGUAGAGAAGAGUGGCAUCGUCGGCUGGCUGCGAGAAGCGGUCGGUGCUCCCAAACCCGAUGACAACUACCCAUUUGCAUCGGUGAAUAACGCAGCAGCAGCAACAGCAACAGCAGAGGGCGCACGCGCAGCGACAGCCGCUACGGGCUCCAUCGCGCCGGCUGCAAGAGGCGACUCUGCCGAGGAAACUGCCAAAGAUACCGGGGGCGGAGCUGGGGAGGCGAGCCCUGACAAUAUCGGCGUCCACGAGGAUGAUGCUGAAGACUUUCGCGGUGCACCUGGAGCUGCAGAAGAAGAUGAAGAAGACAUGGCCAACGAUUCUGAAGACCAGAGCCUAACGGAUGCGGAUGAGGAUCUAGGUACACUCGCCCCUGAACGCUGUCUGGCUGCCGACUCGCUGCUGUAUCGCUACCUCGGUUAUUUUGCGAUGGUCGGUUUAUUACGCUUGCACUGUGCCACGGGAGAUUUCUUCGCGGCGCUUUCAGUUUUAGAUCCUCCAUCACUAUUUGAAACCGAGUGGAUUCGCUCUGUAACCAUUUCCGCAGUUGCCAGGGCUUCGCGAGAAAAACCUAUCCCCAGUGCCGCUAACGCAGAGCCUGCGGGAACCGAAGGCAGCCUCAUGCAAUCAACAGACCUCCGUUUGCGGCUGCAUACCCACGUUACCGCCUGCCAUGUAGCCGUGUACUACUACAUAGGAUUCAGCGCGCUGAUGCUUCGACGCUACGAGGAGGCGAUUAGAGCGUUGCAGCCGACCAUCGUGCACAUCACGCGCACCAAACAUAUCCACGUCCGAUCCUUCCAAUAUGAACAGGUGAACAAGCGGAUUGAUCAGAUGCUUGCGCUCCUCUCGUUAGCUCAGUGCCUAGGGCGGAACCGUCUCGACGAUUCCAUGAACAGUUGGCUGAGAGAAAAACUCGGCGAUCGCACCACGCGCAUACGACAGGGCGAUCUGAGUGCUUUCGAAGAACUUUAUAAUCAUGCGUGUCCCAAGUUUCUGCAACCGAGCGUUGCGAACACCUGUCGUGAGGUGUUUCUGCAGCAAGUUGCACAGAGCGAAUCAGGUCUGCCUGCGCAGCUGAGCUCCUAUCUACGCAUCUAUCGCACCAUAGACGUACAGAAGCUCUCACAAUACCUAGGUUUGGGCGGGUCUGCGGACCACAGCACCGAACAAGUGCUCGCUGCGCUUUUCUGUCUCAAGUACCGGGCGCUGCUCAGGCAUCGCGCCGCAACCGCCUCUGCUUCCGGAUCACCCGCGCUUGGCACUGCGAUGGACAGCGAAUAUAUCGGUACGAACGACACCGAAUUCGUUAUCGACGACGUCGGCAUGGUCGAUGUGUUUGAAACGCGCACGGGCAAACGUCCAGAGGACUAUUUCCUACGCAAUAUCCCGAGACUUGGUGAACAAGUCAGCUUGUACCGUCGCAUCCAAAGGGAUCGCCUCGCCGCCACCGCCGCUGCGUUCGCGCAGAAAGAACAAGCACGACAGCAGCGCGAGAGCGAACAACGCAAAGCCCAAGAGAAACAACAACAACAACAACGCCUGGACAGCGAGCAAUACGCCCGUCUCUCGCAGGCGCCCGACACGAUGCCGGUACUGCCGCCGCGUCCGCUCAGUCUCGCUGAGCGCCUCGCCGGUGUCGAACGCAGUCACUAG